AUGGGUCACAGCGAAGUGGAAGAGGUGGCCAUGCGGUCAACCUCGCACGAAGAGGGCCAGGUCCCUGAAAAGGCACCGAUCCAGGAGAAAGUCGUCCACGGCAAUGAGGCCUUCAACGAGGCGCUCCUCAAGGAGCCGCCCAAGACGUGGGCGCCCGCCAUGAUCAUGGUGUACCUCUUCUCCGUCGUCGGCUUCCUGUGCUCCACCAUGAACGGCUACGACGCCUCGCUCAUUAACAACCUCUUGCAGAACCACGACUUCCAAAAGACGUACGACGUCGGCAAGGACGGCCUCGGCGCCGGUAUCGUCGCCGCCAUGUACCAGAUCGGCGGCGUCGCCGUCCUCCCGCUCGUCGGCCCCGUCAUCGACCGGCUCGGCCGCCGCGCCGGCAUGGCCAUCGGCGCGCUCCUCGUCAUCGUCGGCACCGUCGUGCAGGGCACCGCCGCCGGCCGCGUCGGCGCCUUCAUGGGCGGCCGCUUCCUGCUCGGCUUCGGCGUCGGGCUCGCCGCGUCCGCCGGCCCCAUGUACGUCGUCGAGAUCAACCACCCGGCGUACCGCGGCGUCGUCGGCGCCAUCUACAACUGCCUGUGGCUCGGCGGUGCCAUCCUCGCCGCCGGCGCCGCCCGCGGCAGCCUCGACGUCUCGGCCGCCUUUUCCUGGCGCCUCAUCACCUGGCUGCAGUGCCUCUUCAGCGGCGUCGUCCUGCUGCUCUGCCCCUUGCUGCCCGAGUCGCCGCGCUGGCUCUACGUCAACGACCGCCAGGACCAGGCGCGCGCGUUCCUCGUCCGCUACCACGGCGUCGGCGACCCGGACUCGGUCUGGCCCGCGCUGCAGAUGCGCGAGUACGAGGAGGCCCUCAACCUCGACGGCGCCGACAAGCGCUGGUACGACUACAGCGCGCUCUUCCGCGACCGCGCGUCCGCGUACCGCCUGCUCUGCAGCGUCUCCGUCGCCGCCCUCGCGCAGUGGCUCGGCAACGCCGUCCUCAGCUACUUCCUCGGCUCCGUCCUCUACAAUGCCGGCUACACGGAGCCCAUCCAGCAGAGCAACAUUACGCUCAUCAACAACGUCAUCCAGUUUGUGUGCGCGUGCUGCGGCGCCGUGCUCGUCGACCGCGUCGGCCGCCGCCCGCUGCUCAUCUUCUCCUUUGCGGCCUGCACCGUCGUCUGGCUCGGCAUGACGAUUGCCUCGGCGCAGUUUGCCGCGUCGUACGCCGGCCAGACGGCCGACGGCGUGCCCAUCUACACAAACACAAAUGCCUCCCGCGCGUCCCUGGCCAUGAUCUUCCUCUUUGGCGCCGUCUUCUCCAUCGGCGUCACGCCCCUCCAGGGUCUCUACAUUGUCGAGGUGCUCUCGUUUGAGCAGCGCGCCAAGGGCAUGGCCUUUGGCAAUCUCGCGGUCAACGCGGCCGGCCUGCUCAAUCAGUUCGCCUGGCCGGUGAGCAUGGCCAAGAUUGGCUGGCGCACGUACAUCAUCUUCAUCAUCUGGGAUGCCAUCAUGACCGUCUACGUGUACUUUGUUCUCCCCGAAACAAAGGGUCGAACCCUCGAGGAGUUGGACGAGAUUUUUGCGGCCAAGAACCCUGUAAAGGCGUCCAUCGCUAAAAAGAAGCUGGCGGUCACGCAGCAUGGUGAUGUUGUUAAUGUUGCGGACGCAUGA